AUGUCAAAUCCACACGGUUCGGUACCGCCCAAGGGUGUCGGAAGAUCAAGGAUGAAAAUCAAUGCAGAAGAGGCAGUUGCUGCCAACUUCUGGCUGGCUGCUCGUACAGCGAGAGAGGCGCGCUUUUCUUCCUCACGGGACACUUGGAGGAACGAAGUCGAGGCGAUGGACGCUCAACUGCUUGCUGCAAAGCUGCGCUUAAACGACUUCAGUCCAAUCUACGCACUCCCCACCGAGAUACUUGCUCGCAUCUUUGAACUACUUGCCACUCUAGAUCCCAUCAGAGCCUUGAGACGCCGAUGGGGCUGGGCCUGUAUCACGCACGUCAGUCGGCGCUUUCGUGCUGUGGCCAUUGGCCAUGCCUCGCUGUGGUCGAGGCUCUCCGUUGACGGCCAAACCCCAUGGAAUCUCUUCCUUCCUCGAGCUCGGGGAACGCUCCUUUCCGUUCAUGGCGAAAUCCAGACGGAUCAGCAAUCACAACUCUAUGCUGCACUCACGCUGCAGAACAUAGAGCGUAUGCAGGCUAUAGAAGUCAGCAACGUCAUACCCGAAGCCUACGAAUGGCAUGGCAUACUGCGAAGCGUGGCACCAAAGCUACAGACCCUGUCGUUGGGCUUGGAUAUGGACGAUGACCCGAGCGACUGGAGUGACUCUGACGAGGCCGAACGCGCUGAGAACGUACCUCAACACAUGCGUCCCCAGUUCCUUACCAAGAACGCCCCAAACUUGACGAGUCUUAGUCUUGCGGGCAUACGGAUGUGUUGGAAGCUGAACGCACCGAUCGCGCUCAGAUCUCUAUCACUCCACGGUUCUGUCCGCCGCAAUCCUCCCCAUCUCGUGUUUUCGAGCGUACUAGGCUGCUUGCGGAAUAUGCCCUUGCUACAGCACUUAGCCUUGAAGAACAUCCUUCCGCCGUCGACCAGGCGCGACGUCGACGCGCGGGUCAGCAUGCCACACCUUCGAUCCUUAUCGUCCGCUGAGCCCGAUGGACGUUGUCUGGGCUUAUGGGCAUCCCUUGAUGUCCCUUCUACCUGCUCCAUCCGCAUUGGGGCCGCUGAGCUCGACAGCGUAGGAGCGACCACAUGGAAAGAGUUGCUCCUCGAACAGCUUGCGAAGCGUCAGAAGAACCCGUACCGCCAUGUCCGGUUCGAAGACCCUGCCACGGGCGCGCAAUGGAUGGACGACCACGAAGUGAUCCAGUUCACGGUAUCUUCUGUUGUCUUGGACGAGAGUACAAUCGCUGGAUUGCGUUACUCUGACGAACCGCACGACACCGAUGACGACGCCACGCUCACAUUUGCGUUUCUCUUUUCCGGACCAGCCCAACCAUUCCGCGACCUCUCCGGCGUUGCAUCGCCAACCGAUUUCCACCAUGGGCGACUACACCUAAAGGGCGCCUUUUCUAUGGAAUGUGUGACCACUCUGCUCACUCGCGUUACUACCCUUGAAAGCGUGGAGAUAUGUGGGUGGUACGACUCCAGACGUUCGUCAACCGUGUUCCAGGAGUUCGUACAGGUGUACUAUUGCGCUUUGCUGGAUAAGCAUCCAUCUACGGGAUAUGCUCUUCCGAGUGUACGCUCGUUAUCGCUGCGCAACGUCCAUCUACGACAGAGGUUCAUCGACGACCGCGGCAGAGGCAGCAACGAUAGAUUGUGCGACACACUAUGCGAAAUGUUGCGGCGCCGCUACUUCGCGGACAUCGCUAUCCGUACUGUCAAGAUCUCUGGCACCGUAGUCGACGAUUCAUGGAUACAGCCAUGGGAGAACUAUGUAGAUGAGGUUCACUGCGACGAGACGUGCUUUGAAUACGGAGACCCAAAUAACGAGAGCUCCGACGAGACGUCUGAGACAGAGUCACUUUCACGACUGUUGAGCGAGGACGACUCGGAACAAUGGGGGGAAGACGAAGACGAAGAGGACGAUGAUGAGGAGUGA